GUCCCAAAUCAAAUCCAAAAAACCAUGUCCCGCGUGUGUGUGUGUGAAUGCUUUACAUUUAUUUCCUUCCUUCCUUCCUUCAACAAGCCACCGGAUUGAAAUUGAAAUUAAUUAACAUUUGAUUAAUUAAAUCAUAAUAACCAAGUCUCUUUGUAGUACUAUACUAGUAAUUCAAAUUCAAACCCCUACAUUAAAAAUGUUAGUCAAACCUAAGACUUACAAAUAAUGGCCUCAACAAAUGUAAACAAGAAAACUCAUUUUCCCAUUUCCACCGUUUUUUACAAGAAAGAUACUCAUUUUAUUAUUAGUACCACACUUGUUCCAUUAAGGGUCAAACAAAAAAUGGGUGAAACCAUUGUUGAGAAAGCUCUAAAAAGCUUAGGAAAAGGCUUCGACUUAACAUCAGAUUUCAGGCUUAAAUUCUGCAAAGGUGAAGAACGUUUGGUUCUUCUCAAUGAAAUAGAGAAAAGAGAAUUACCAGUGCCAGGUUUUGGAUCCAUUAGAGAUGUUUCUGUUGAUAUCAAAUGUGAUAAAGGAGAUCGCACACGCUAUCAAUCCGAUAUCCUCACCUUCACCCAAAUGUCAGAGUUAUUCAAUAGGAAGAGUUCAAUUCCUGGGAAAAUUCCAAGUGGAUACUUCAAUACAGUGUUUGGAUUUGAUGAUGGUUCAUGGGCAGCUGAAGCAGCUAAUACAAAGUGUUUGGGUCUUGAUGGAUAUUUGAUACGACUCUUUAAUCUUCAUAUUGAUAGAUUACCACUUAUUCUUUCUAAACAAGUUCUUGAAGCUGUUCCUACUUCAUGGGAUCCUUCUGCACUUGCAAGAUUCAUUGAGAACUUUGGGACUCACAUCCUUGUGGGACUUAGCAUUGGUGGCAAAGAUUUAUUGCUGGUCAAACAAGAUGUGUCUUCCAACUUGGGGCCAUCAGAGCUCAAAAAUCACUUGGAUGAGCUUGGAGAACAGUUAUUUAGUGGGACAUGCAAUUUCCUUCCCAAAAAUAAAGAUCAGAAACACAAGGUACCACCUGCUUUCGAUGUCUUUGGUCCGCAAACCAUCGCCUUCAACGGCUCUGCAUCCGUUUGCACAAAAGAUGGAAUAACAGUGAUAUGUGCAAAGAGGGGUGGGGAUACACAAGUGAGCAGCCAUAGUGAAUGGCUUCAAACAGUUCCUAACAAACCAGAUGCAAUGGAUUUUACUUUCAUUCCCAUCACCUCUCUUCUUAAAGGUGCUCCUGGUAGGGGCUUCCUUUCCCAUGCUAUCAACCUCUAUCUUCGAUAUAAGCCUCCAAUGUCAGAUUUGCCAUACUUUCUUGACUACCAAGCCCACAAGCUUUGGGCUCCUGUUCACAAUGAUCUUCCUCUUGGUCCAAGUACAAACAUAACCACUCUUUCACCUUUUCUCACCCUCAACUUGAUGGGUCCCAAACUUUAUGUAAAUACUGAUAAGGUCACAGUUGGCCAAAGACCAAUUACAGGGAUGCGCUUGUUUCUUGAAGGCAUGAAAUGCAACAGAUUAGCCAUACAUGUGGAACAUCUAAUAAACACUCCAACAAUGCUUAGCAACAAAAUUGAGGACACAACAAUAUGGUCACAAGAAAUCGAUGAUGAUCGUUACUUUGAAUCAAUAAAUGGGAAGAAAUUUUCCCAUGUAUGUACAGCACCAGUAAAAUACAAUCCUAAAUGGAGCUCAGACAAUAAUGUAGCAUUUAUUGUUACAGGAGCACAACUUCAUGUGAAGAAACAUGACAACAAAAGUGUUCUUCAUCUAAGGUUAUUGUUCUCCAAGGUGUCUAAUUCUUUUGUUGUUAAAUCAAAUUGGACACAGGGUUCUUCUAGGUUGUCUCAAAAAUCUGGAAUUUUCUCAGCAAUAAGCACAUCAAUUUCUAGUUCUAGUUCUAGUUCUAGCAAAGACAAAAAGAAAUCAACAGUAGUUAUGGAUUCAAGUGUGUUUCCAACAGGACCUCCAGUGCCUGUACAAACACAAAAAAUGUUGAAAUUUGUGGACACAUCGGAGUUAUGUAAAGGUCCACAAGACACACCUGGUCAUUGGUUGGUUACUGGGGCUAAAUUGGUCAUAGACAAAGGUAAGAUAUGUUUAUGGGUCAAGUUCUCUUUGUUAAAUACUAGCUUAUGAAUAAAAAAUCCAAAUAAAAAAAUAUAAAAAAAAAAAUAAAAAAAGGAAAGAUUUUGAAGUUUAAAUAUUUCCUUUAUUUUUUGGUUAAAACAAGUUAAGUGCUUCUAUUAUGUAAAUUGUCACAUACAUGAGAUAUACCCUUUGUAUAAUUAAUAUCUCCAAUUGUACUAUAGAGUUAGCUAUAGGAUCAUUAUUUCUUUCAUUGGUUUUGUAAGUAGCUCUCAACAAAAUCAAGGACUUACAAUAUUGUAUUUGUAUAUUUCUAAGCAUAUGUUGCUAUCAAUACAUUGAAAAAUCAUAUCUCUAA